AUGCCAAUUUUAGGGGUUGAUUUUACUGUCAAAACAAUGAGUAUAGAUGAUCGACUUGUAGCACUUCAAUUGUGGGAUACUGCAGGGCAGGAAAGGUUUAUUAUUUUUACGGAAUAUAGAAGAGCUUUUCAAUCUAGAUUUCGUUCAAUCACUAAACAAUAUUUCCGUAAAGCAGAUGGUGUAAUUUUGAUGUAUGAUGUUACUUCCGAAACUUCAUUUGUAAAUGUUCGUAAUUGGAUUGAAUCGGUUCGCAAUGGUGUUGAUGAUGGAUGCAUUCUUUGUUUAGUAGGAAAUAAAGUGGAUUUGUACCCAAAUGAACAAUCCAGAACAAUAACUUUUGGGCACGGGAAGGACUUGGCUGAUGAAUUUGGCAUGAUGUUCUUCGAGACAAGUGCUUUUACAGGUCAAGGAAUCAAAGAAUGCAUGGAAACUAUAGCAACGAAACUUCAACAACGAGAGGAUGACCAUGUUCAAGAACUUAUCAAGUUAGAAGCUUUAAUGGCCUUUGGAAAACAAAGAUGGUGUUGUUUCUAA